CUGUAAAUCUGAUUCGAGCCAGAAUAGCCCAGAGGGUGAGCGAGGGCGCGCUUCAUCCUGACGUAGCGCCGUUCGCUUGGAUCCAGCGCCGCUGUUGCGCUCUAUCAACUGACAUACGAAAUCAACGCAAACGUGGAAUCGGUCACCGUGAUUUUAUAUCGUGAUCCCAGUGGCAACCAAGGAGAUUCCAGUUGUCGUCAACAUGUUUUCCUGCUGUCAAGACAUCUUGUUUAACCUUUUCUUCAAUGUUCAUCACUCUCCAAAACCAAGGAUUGGCAUUGGACGUGUGAACUAAUAUCUAAAUCACCUUCUCUUCAUUCUCACCCAUGCUAGAAGAAUAUGGACAGCCCACCUAAGCUAGCAGGGGAGACCCUUAUUGUCCACCACAUUCCGUUGGUCCACUGCCAAGUUUCGAGUUCGCGACAGUACUGUGGUAGUACGUUGAAAAGGAGCGGGAAUCCCUUUAGCUGUCCAGAGAAUCUGGGACUGAGCCGGACUACCUCUCUGCCUGAGAGAGACAUUCUACAGAGGGAGGCACUGGUGUACAGCAGCCUCAUACAGACAUCCAGCAGCAGCCUUAGCUCUAGCGACACUAAUGGGGGUGAAGGGAUGAGAAGUGGAGUAAAACAAGGAAGAGGUGGAAGAGAAGGUGGCAUGGCAAGUGACACUUCUUCUUUCACAUCAAGUAACUCAGAAGAUCAGGCUCAAACCUUGCCAAUGAAAACUCAUGAAAGGCCAAACUUGCGACGUAACCCGUUUCUGCUCAACACUGAAGAUGAAGACGAAGAGGAUGAAGACAAUCUGAAUGGAUAUUUGGAAGACUGUUCUUUUCACUUGCAUGGAAAUUCACAUGCAUUACUUGCAAAUGAAGACUUGUCACCUUUCCACUUACAUGACCUUGGCUACAAUGCUGAACCUUUUCUAUUGCAUGACUCUACAGAGCAACAGUGGCGUUCUGGAAAUGGCCCAAGGGGAGCAGCAGAGAGCAGAGACAGUACAAUAGGUGGGACUUUUGAUUUGUCUACUCACUUGGAAGGCCUGAACUUGCUGAGAUUGGACAGCCAGCGACGUCAUGGAAGCAGUGGGUCCACCCUCUCAAUGGAUUGUGGCGAGCAAGAGUGGGGUGAGGAUGAUGAUGAUGAAGACCAGUCCAUGCUGGGUGGAAGAGGAAGCUCUGAAUGUUCCAGUCUGGCAGCGCCUCACUGCUCCUGUUGUGGUCUUUCCCAGCAAUACCCUGAACCUUUCCCAGAAUCAUUUUCCGAGUGUCACCACAGCUAUGCCAGCGAUUCCUCCUGUAACAGCUCGGAUGGAGUGCUGGUUAACUUCAGCACGAUUUACAACAAAAUGAACUACGUUGUCCCAGCAAAGCCAUCUCUCAAUAUCAACAGUUCUGUCGACCAAACCAGUGUCUCAUCCGUGUCCGAGAUUGUUGGUAUGUGCGGGACAGAGUGUAGCAGUGGACACGGAGCUUUCUACCUGGACUUACACACCUCCCCAACAGAACCCCCACAGCAUCCUUCAGCCACUCAAGAAUGCGCAAACUCUUCCUCUGUAUGUCCAUCUCAGCCACGAGGUGCCACAAUGGAACUAGAUGCGAACUGUAACUCAUACCACAACCACCUUGGAAGUGAGGCUUUGCCUUCUGCUGAAACCUCUGCCAAUGACCUCACCUUGUGUCGUCAAAGCCAAGCUCGCUUGGUUGUAGCAACGCAGAAUUACUACAAGCUUGUGACUUGUGACCUUUCUUCCCAGUCCUCUCCCAGUCCAGCGGGGUCAUCAGUCACAAGCUGCUCGGAUGAACACAGCAAAGGAAGUCCCACUCAGCCAACAGAAUACUACCUAUUCCAACAAAUGAAAGAGGAUAAAGAGGAAGAGGACACAGAGCUGAAUGAUGCAAAAACGGAAGAUGAUCCAGAUUUGACUGACUCUACCCAUGAUAAUGUUAUUGAGGGACAGGUGUAUAUCAACAUCUCCACACCUAUGACAGCCUGCAAUUCAGUUAGCGCUUUGGGAAGUAGUCGACCCCGUUCACGCAGCUAUGAUCGGAACUUGAACAAGUCACCAUCUCCUCGCCUCAGAUCGCUGGAGCGAAUGCUAAGCUGCCCAGUCCGCCUAAGUGAGAGUGCAGCCCCAAGCCUACCACCUCCACCACGGGUCACUUCUUUUGCAGAAAUAGCAAGGAGUAAGAGGAGAACUGGAGGGUCAUCAUUGCAAAAGGGCAGCAUGGAGGCCACGUCUACACACUCCCACUCUUCUGGAGAGUUCUCGCCCAUCGUGGAAGACCUUCAGCAGGGUCAAAGCCACAGUCUGCCACCACUCACUCGAUGCCACAGUCAGGGGAGCUGUGAUAUGUCCUACCCACAUAGACCAUGGAGUACACCACUGCGAGAAUCACCGGGUGGAGCGGCCAAACAGACUCGAACCAAAGCAGAAGGUGGCCUGUCUAACUCCACAGACUCCUCUCCAGUUGUAGUUCGCUAUAGCAAAGAUCAGCGUCCGACCUCAUUACCCAUACAGCCCUUCACUUUCCAGCAACAGUUUGGAAAACCACAAGCGAAGCCUCUCCUUCCACUUCUAGACGGAUACAUUAGCCAUAUGCAGGCUCGAGGAGCUGCAGCUCCUGAGGGUGGUGAAGAUGACUCGGUAGAAGACCAAAGGGAACUUCACAUGGCCUCUAAUGCACCAACAACUGUGCGGCCAUCUCCACUGGGCAGCUACUCACCUGUUCGCCUCCAAGGUGCGCCCAUCUCUUCUGGAACCUGCUCAACAUGCACUCCGACUCCGGGUGGUCUGAGACCACCACGUUCCCUCUCUUGCCCCAUCUCUGCUGGUCUUCUGCCCCAGCACACCCCACCUGAAGUUGUUAAACAAACAGAGACUACUAAAUUUGCUCCCUUACCUCCUACGCCACCUCCACCCCCACUGAUAAAGCAAAGCUCGCUGAUGCCUGCUUUGCCUACUAGAAGUCACUGUUUCCACCGUGGCAAUUUGACUGCUUUGCCGUCUCUUCCUAGCUCUGGUUUUAGUCCUCUUGGACAGUUGGAGCCAGAUCCACAGGAAGAGCAAGUUAAAGUUUUACCAGUAUGUGUGACACAACGACUGCCUAAUGUGCACCACCUUUCCCCGCAGGCACUGAAAUGGAGAGAGUACAGACGAAAGAACCCUCUGGGUGUGGAGCGUGGUAAAGACGGUUCCCCUCCUCUUUCUUGUGCUCUGGAAACAAAGAGACCUGGAACUCGUGUCAUUCGACGCAAUGUGUUUGAUUUCCCUCCGACCAAUCAGCCGCUCAGCUUCAGCAGAUUGAAUGGUCAGUCAUUGAGGCAAUUGCCACAGUGCUACAGCGAUUUCUUGCCUGAUCAUUUCUCUCAGGCUGAGCGCCCCCCAGAGGAAUUCUGCUUAUCUCCUGAUGCUAAUACUGAUGUGUCCAUCUCUAUAGACCUGCUGCAGAAAAGAGGUUUGGUGAGGGCAAUAAAUAUGGCAGUUGAUCUGAUAGUUGCUCAUUUUGGCACUAGCCGGGAUGCUGGAGUUAAGAAUAAAUUGGGGAAUAGCUCUGUUAGUCCUAACGUCGGUCACCUGAUUUUAAAGUAUCUGUGUCCUGCCAUUCGUGAGAUACUGCAUGAUGGAUUGAAAGCCUAUGUAUUGGACCUAAUCAUUGGGCAGCGCAAAAAUCGGCCCUGGAGCGUGGUGGAGGCCUCCACACAACUCGGUCCCUCUACACGGGUUUUGCAUAGUCUCUUCUCUAAAGUCAGUCAGUAUUCCGAGCUGACCAAUCACAGGAUGAGACUCAAUGCCUUCAUCUUCGGCCUGCUUAACUUGCGAUCUCUGGAAUUCUGGUUCAAUCACAUUUAUACACAUGAAGAUAUCAUUGCAGCACAUUACCAACCAUGGGGUUUCCUACACUUAUCUCAAGGGGCAUGCCAGCCACUGUUUGAAGAGCUGCUUCUCCUUCUUCAGCCUCUGUCACUGUUACCGUUUGACCUUGACCUGCUAUUUGAGCCACACCAGUUACAAAAAGGAGAAGAACACCUGAGACGCAAGGAACAGCUAUGCUCCACCCGCCAAAGCCUCAGCCAAUCAGAUCGCUCUACCUUCCAGCUCAUGAGAGGCUGUGACACGCUGGAGCCUACACAGGAAGUAGGGAUGGUGUCUUCGAGAGAGAGGUUUAUAUUAAGAGAAGAGGAUGCCCGGCUUAGAAUGGAGGGUGCAUUAAAAGUGAAAAGAGAUGGGCAGAAGAGUGAUGGAGCAGACUGUGAUAAAGAGGCAGGAGAUACAUUGAUAGAGGGAGGUGGAUGGAGUGCUGUCAGGAUGAAGGGAGUUGGAGGAGAAAACAUUGAGAAAGAGAAAAAGAGAGAAAGACAUGGAGAUGUAGACAAACAGAGAAACAGACAAGCCGGGUGGUGGUACCAGCUCAUGCAGAGCUCACAGGUUUACAUCGACAACUCUGCCGAAGGGUCCAAAUUUGUAAAGUGGGAGAAGAAGAGGAAAGGUGGCAUUGAGAAUCACAGGCAAAGCCAUCCACCUCCUAGAGAAGGUGUAGUUGAGGGGGCCGAGGCCAUGCACCAGAUGGAUGAACAGGUGGAAGGUCAGACCAGCAAUAAUAAUAGCAUCCUCAACAAAUCAGCAUUGACAGAGCCCACCAAAGCCACAAAUGGAAAGCCAUCAUGGAUGGGAAGUCCACCAGAAUCAGUGCUCACUGAGCUAAAGAAGAGUAAGGAGAAGCAGCCAGGCUGCCAUGAUGCCAAUAAAGGUAUUCAGGCGCAGACGGAAGCAGGGGAGGAUGGCUCAGCACAAGUGUUGCGCUGGGGUCGGCUGUUUGGAGCUGGAAAUGCAAGCAAGAUGGAGAAAAGUGAGCAGAAAUUGGUUAGGAAACAAAGGUUGCCAUCUGGUUGGUUGAGUCUUGACCGUUCCGUGUUGGAUCUGGUGGCUCAAUCUGUUGGUGUGGGGAAAAGAACGGAGCAACAAUUUCAAAGCCACGAAUCUCAACUUGGUCCAACUCAACAAGCACAAACACAGAUCCCCCCUAUACAAAGACAAGUCCAAUGUGAAGUGAGGGCAUUGUGCCAUCAUAUUGCCACAGAACCGGAUCAGCUCAGUUUCCGCAAAGGGGACGUGCUACAAGUGCUCAGCAGGGCAGACUCUGAUUGGCUGCGGUGUGCUCUGGGGAACAGCCAGGGCCUUGUUCCCAUCAUAUACGUCACCCUGAUUGAGGACAGUCAGGAGCCCCAGCGUUGAAGAUCUAAAGCACGUGCUCCGAUAAAGAGGAGCAUGAGAUGGGGUUGGGGACAGAGGGUCACUAUGAAACUGGCUGCACAAAAGAUGAGUCUGACAGAUUUCACUAUUGUGCUUGCAUGUGUAUGUAAACACCAAUACACACACAAACAUCACAUUUUACUGCUGUGAAAUCACCCUCUUUGUUUCAGUGAACAGCAAUGAGCCAACCAGUGAUUAGAAAGUGUAGAUCUAGUUACUGAGUCGUGAUAUUGUUUGCAUUGAGCCAUCGGGUUUUGCAGCUUAGCUUUAAAUCAUAUGUCUAUAGCCUUUAAAAAAACGAAAAACCAAAUGGAGUUAUAAGAUGACACUACUGGCACAUAUGCCUUGUCUUGUAGGACUUUAUGUAAUCUAGAUGUUAACCGAUUUCUGCGUUGUGACCACAAAUGUGUUUGCAUAUGCAUUUCAAAGUUGUACAUCUUGGACGGUUUGUUUAAAUAACUGUAUCAAAUUAAGCAGAACAGUACAUUGCAAAAGGGAAAUCUUGGUGGCAGUCAACUAACAGCUCUCUUGAUAUACUUAAGGGAAUUAAAUAGCUUUUACGGGUUGAUUUUUUUAAAAUAUUUUCUCAGCCUUAGGAAAAGGGCAGUUAGCCUGUCCAGAGGCAUCAUAUCCAUGACACAGUCUUUUCUGAUGUGAGCUGGACAGAAAAGGUACGUAAAUCAACAAUAAGGGACAAUUUACAGCAGACUGUCUGCAUGUGAUUGAGUAUUUUGCGUUCACACAAUGGUUUGUGUUUCUGAUACUGAAUUGAAAAGGUAAAUUAAGCUCAGUCUUUUACCUUAAAUUGACUAUAUCUCUUCCUAUUAUACUUUUUGUACAAUCCGAAAGAGAUGACAAAAGGGAAGAUGUGUCUACUGUUUGUCUACGUUUUGUUUUGAUUUAAGCAGCCUUGGAGUCCUUUGUGGCCUAUAUUGAUUAAGAUGGAUCGGCUUGUAAAUGAAUGGAUGGAUGUAUAGGUAGAAUGGGACGGGUGCAUAGAGUUUUUUGUAAGCAGUUGAUUAGAUGGAAAAAACAAGAGGUGUUGAUGUUACUCAUAAACACCUUUAUACUAAAAUCAAACACAUUUGAAUAAAAUUUCUAAUUUCCAUUUAAAGUCUGCUUUCAAAGUCUGUCAAUUUAAAGUUUAGAUCAUUUGAAUAUUAUCUACAAACAACUAAAAGCCAGUUGAAAGACAUUCCUCUGCUUUUGCAUUAGAGGACAAAGAGAGAACUUUGGGCAGGGAUGCCAUAAUAGUAAAAAUUAUAUAUUAUAUUGCAGUGGCACCCUGUUUGUGUAUUUAUGAUGUUAUGGCCAUACAUUUAAAUCAAGGUGAGGCCUUAGGACAGGAAUGUUCAUUAUGUAUUUUAUUUAAGCAUUAAAUGGUUAUUUUGGACCUAUGUAUGGUCCGCAAAUUUAUUUAAAAUUAUCUUUGGCCCUCAGUAUGGCACUUGGUAUGCUUUUGCUUAACAAAGUAAUAUAUAAAAAUCACAUUUUGAUUUGAUUUUAUCAAAUUGCAUUAUUAAGACAUCUCUAGAUGAUAAUGUCAUGGUAUGUUUAUGUUAAAACAGUUUUUAUGAUUUUUAUUAUUUUCUAUUUAUAAAAUGCAUAAGACAUUAUUUUGUGUAUUAAUUAAUGUAAAUAUUUUACAUUCUCAUGCUCUUGAAAGGAAAAUUACUUUAACUACUUGUUAUUAACAGCUUAUAACACAUUGUUAUUGUUAAUAGUUAAUAAAAACUAUUCAAAUACUAUGUACAUUGUGUUGUUAUGGGAUGUUAUGAUUAGAACAAAACGCUCUCACACAAAAUAAAUUGCGCAAUCUAGAUUAUAGUGCUGCUGCUUUAGGUCAGUGGUUCUAAACCUUUUUGACUCCAAGGCCUACCACUGUCCAAGACAAUAUCUGAAGGCCCCCUCGCCCGAAACUAGACGUGUCUGAUUAAAAUAAUUAAUCAUGGAUAAUUUUUGAUUCUGUAAGUUUCAGAAAGAGUCUGUUUAUAAUUUGUAGGCAUUAAGUAUUUUUUAGCAUUUUAAUUUAGUUGAAUUAUUUUAAUAUUUCUUAUUUUAAGUCAACUUGAGGCCCCCUUGGAAGUGUGCUGAGGCCCCCUAGUGGGCACUGGCCCCCUGGUUGAGAACCACUGCUUUAGGUCAUUUUUGUAACUCAAAGUUUUGUGUGUUGGUCUUCCAAAUAUACUUUACUUUUCACUGGAACCUACCCUGCUAACGUCAGAGAGAAAGAGAGAGUGAAAGAGCUGUCCAGUGCCUUUUUUUGAGUCAAUGUGUCUGCUAAAGGGAAUCACGAGUGCUUAUAAUAACAGUCUUUUCAAAAGUGUUUGGUGCCAUUCAAGUUUAUUUCUGAUGUGUAUGAAGAAUGGUCUGUACAAAGGCAGAAUUAGUUCAAAGAAACCGGCAUCCAUUUUAACCAUAGUUCGCUAUCAUCUUUCUAUGCAGAUUGUUAGAGAAUGAACAGUAAAAGCGAAAGUCUUGAUCGGAUGGUUUAUGCAUGUAUGUGCAAAGAUCUCUCUCUCACUCUCCCUCUAUCUACGGGCUUUGUACAUCCUGAUUUUCCUUGCCUGUGUAUAUAUAUAUAUGAUAUCUGUAGCCCAUCUGGCUCUCCUACCCCCUCUGUAUGACCAUGUUGUGCUCUUAUGACAUUACCACCAUGUAUGGAUAUCAAUAACAAAGUGCUCAUGUGGA